ACGUGGCCCGGGCAGGAGUUUCCCCGACAGCUGGAGGCUGCGUGGGAUCCGGCGGCGGCUCGGAGCGCGGCGCUGCGGCCCUCCCCGCCCCCUCCUCCUCCCCGCCCGCUUCCGCCCGGCUUAUUCUCCUCCGUAUUGACAAACAGCGCGGCCGCGGCGGCGACUCUCGGCGAGCAUCGGUAGCCAAGCCAUGGGAGACAAGAAGAGCCCCACCAGGCCGAAGCGGCAGCCGAAGCCGUCCUCGGACGAGGGCUACUGGGACUGUAGCGUCUGCACCUUCCGGAACAGCGCCGAGGCCUUCAAGUGCAUGAUGUGCGAUGUGCGGAAGGGCACCUCCACCCGGAAACCUCGACCUGUCUCCCAGUUGGUUGCACAGCAGGUUACUCAGCAGUUUGUGCCCCCUACACAGUCAAAGAAAGAGAAAAAAGAUAAAGUAGAAAAAGAAAAGAGUGAAAAGGAAACAACUAGCAAAAAGAACAGUCAUAAGAAAACCAGGCCAAGAUUGAAAAAUGUGGAUCGGAGUAGUGCUCAGCAUUUGGAAGUUACCGUUGGAGAUCUGACAGUCAUUAUUACAGACUUUAAGGAGAAAACGAAGUCACCGCCUGCAUCUAGUGCUGCUUCUGCAGAUCAGCACAAUCAGAGUGGCUCUAGUCCUGAUAACACAGAGAGGGGAAUGUCCAGGUCAUCUUCACCUAGAGGAGAAGCCUCAUCAUUGAAUGGAGAAUCCCAUUAAAGUUUAUUUUCUCCAACUUCUUAGUUCAUUCAUAUCAUGCAAAUAUACAGAUUAUGCCAAGAAGUACCACAUUUUCAUGACAAACAUAUUCAUGCACAAUUCAUAAUUUGCAUUUUGCAUAAAAGAGAAAUUUGUUAGAAUUUGUUAGAUUUGAUUGCAAUCUAUGCCUACCAAACAUUUCCAGACUUUAACAUUUUGGUCUCCACAAUUAAAGGUGCCAUGAAAAUGUGGUUGAAUUAUUCAUUAUGCAGUGUUAUUGGUAAGUCUAUUUUCACUUUUAGUUUAGUGAAUUCUAACACAUAAUUCUUGAAUUCUCUACUAUUGGCAUGUAACGAAGUUAAAUUUUUAUAACAUAGUGCAACCUGCCUAAAUAUGUAUUAUUUGAGAAUUGUGAAACAAAUAGUUAUAUGUAUACAAGUCAAAGAUCAACUUAAUCAACUAUUGCUGCAACAGGAUUUUCUUAAUGGCUAUCCUCUUAAUACACCUGCUGGUACUUGGUGUGGUUAAAUAGAAAAACUGUUAUUAAAUAAAGAAUUUGUAUGAACCGUUGCCAAUAUUUUUGACACAUUUUGCUAAAUUAUUUUUUCCUGAAUUAUGUUUCUGGUUUUACCUCCCUUUUUUUUUUUUGCUUUCAAAACAUUCAUUUGUUGUAAUGUUUACUCUCAGACUAGUAAACAAUAAAACAUUGAUUAUUUAGCUUUAUAAUUCAAGUUUAGUGCUAUUGUCAUUGAACACUGGUAUUUUCUGUAUUAUAUAAAAUAUUAAAAUUCAAAUAAUUAUAAGCAUUUGACAAAAGCAGAAGAGAAAAGAAACCUGCCAUAUUUUAAAAGCUGCAAUUUUGGAAAAGCUUUAACUUAAUAGUUCUAUCACUGUUUCCUCGCCCCAAACUUUAUCCAGGGUUAUAGAAGUAUGAAUCUAAUAAAUACAGAAAUGACAACUGUUGCACAGAACUGGGAAAAAAACUAGUUUUAAAUCAGUUUAAUUGGCCCCUUAUUAAAUGUAACAAUUCUUAUGAAAAUCAUAGUGCCCUAUUUUCAGACACAACUGCCAGUUUAUGCAUUUAUCAAUAUCCCAAAAUAAAUAUUUACAGCUCCACUUACUAUUAUGUAAAGUUAUGAAUAAAAUAUUUUUAUGACUACAGAUUUUGCAUUUUUGUUUACAACUAAUAAAGUGUUUUAUGUUAUAUUUAAAAAUCAAACCUAGAAACCACACAGUACUUCUUAAAUUCUCCUAAGGUCUCCUGCUUUUUCUUAGCCAUUUACUUAAUAUAUAGCCACCUGUAGGAGACUUCUGCAAUAUCAAUGAACUUAACAACAUAACUUGGAUACAAAAUAUCACAUAAAGACAUCAUGAUAGCAUUUUAAGAAAAAAAUAAAACUGUAGACCCUGACAGUUGUGAUAUAUGGUGGUUUCAUGUGAUAAUGUAAUUUUCUGUUUUAUUGCAGUACUUUUUACAGGCACAAUGGUACUGUCAUUUUUGUAAGAUGCUAGUUGUGAAAUAUAGUUAAUUGCAUACAGUAAAAGUCUGUGAUUAAAACAUU